GCGUCAGCGCAAGAUGGCGGCCUCGGCGGCGCUGUUCUCGCGCUUGCGGAGCGGGCUCCGGCUCGGCGCGCGGGGGCUGUGCACGCGGUUGGCGACGCCGCCCCCCGGGGCUCCAGACCAGGCUGCUGCGGAAAUUGGGAGCCGCGGGGGAUCCAAGGCCCCCGGACCACAGCAGCAGCCGCCAGGCUCCGAGGGCCCCAGCUAUGCCAAGAAAGUCGCGCUCUGGCUUGCUGGGCUGCUUGGGGCCGGCGGGACCGUGAGCAUCGUCUACAUCUUCGGAAACAACCCUGUGGAUGAAAACGGUGCCAAGAUUCCUGAUGAGUUCGACAAUGAUCCGAUUUUGGUACAGCAGUUGCGCCGGACCUACAAAUAUUUCAAGGACUAUAGACAGAUGAUCAUCGAGCCCACCAGCCCCUGCCUCCUGCCAGACCCUCUGCGGGAACCGUACUACCAGCCGCCCUACACGCUCGUCCUGGAGCUCACUGGCGUCCUCUUGCACCCUGAGUGGUCGCUGGCCACAGGCUGGAGGUUUAAGAAGCGCCCGGGCAUCGAGACGCUGUUCCAGCAGCUCGCCCCUUUGUAUGAAAUCGUCAUCUUCACGUCAGAGACCGGCAUGACUGCGUUCCCGCUCAUCGACAGCGUGGACCCCCACGGCUUCAUCUCCUACCGCCUGUUCCGGGAUGCCACACGAUACAUGGAUGGGCACCACGUGAAGGACAUUUCCUGUCUGAAUCGGGACCCAGCCCGCGUGGUGGUUGUGGACUGCAAGAAAGAAGCCUUCCGCCUACAGCCGUACAACGGUGUCGCCCUGCGGCCCUGGGAUGGCAACUCCGAUGACCGGGUCUUGUUGGACCUCUCUGCCUUUCUCAAGACCAUCGCCCUGAACGGCGUGGAGGACGUGCGCACCGUGCUGGAGCACUACGCCCUGGAGGACGACCCCCUGGAGGCUUUCAAACAGCGCCAGAGCCGGCUAGAGCAGGAGGAACAGCAGCGCAUGGCCGAGCUCUCCAAGUCCAACAAGCAGAACCUCUUCUUCGGCUCUCUCACCAGCCGCCUGUGGCCUCGCUCCAAACAGCCCUGACCUCUGGGCUCAUCAGACUCAGUGCCUGGCUCUGGGCCCCAAGGUCUCGCAGACCACGGCUUGGGCAGCCACGUGUCCAAUAAAAUGCAUCGCAGACGCCACA